AAGAAACCUCAAGAGUCACAAUUUGAGACACAGACAACAGAAAAGAAGACAACAAUGGGCAGAGCUCCUUGCUGUGACAAAGCCAAUGUCAAGAAAGGCCCCUGGUCUCCCGAGGAAGACGCCAGACUCAAGGCUUAUAUCGAGCAGCAUGGCACCGGCGGCAACUGGAUCGCCUUGCCGCAGAAGAUCGGCCUCAAGAGGUGUGGUAAGAGCUGUCGGCUUCGUUGGCUCAAUUAUCUCCGGCCGAACAUCAAGCACGGUGCCUUCUCCGAGGAAGAAGAGAGCAUAAUAUGUGGUCUCUAUGUCACCAUUGGAAGCAGGUGGUCCAUUAUUGCUGCGCAAUUACCUGGGAGGACCGAUAACGACAUUAAGAACUACUGGAACACAAGGCUCAAGAAGAAGCUCUUCGGCCGGCAGCCAAAGGAGCGCAGCACUGGACGGAUCACGAAUGGUUUGAAGGCAGAAACUACAAAGAGGGAUCAGAAGGAGCCUUCCAUGGUGAAUGGUGCCGGAAACGGGAUCGUCAAUCACAACCAGUACUGGCCGCAGCUAGCAGACUUUACUACUCCAUCUACUCUCCAUGAAAUUCCCAACAUCCCUCAUCACGGAUCACCGGUCGAUCAGCUUGCUUGUGUCGGAGGACGAUUCUCCGAAGACCACCUCAGAUCGGUCUUUAGCACUUUCGUUGAUUUCCAAAAUCCUAUUCACAUUCCUCCUACCCCACUAAUUAGUGAAAUGCUCACAGAACCCUCGAGCAACAUACUUGGUUCUUUCCAAUCUGUGAACUCCAUAUGCUGUGACACUCCUCAGUCAUCGAAUACCCACUUCAUCAAUACCAUCCGAGAGGCAGUUCCGAAUGCGUGGAACGAGCUACAAUAUUUCGUGAAUGAUGUCAGCGAAGAUGAAGUGAUCUAUAGCAACCAACAGAGCUCAGAUGUGCUGUUAGAAGCUUUCUGCGGCAAUUGUAGCAGUCGAGCAAGCAGCACACCAGAGAGCAGCAACAGUUGGAACGACAUGAGCUCUUUAGUCGAUCCUUUGACGGUCUCCGAGUACGAGGCUUGUCGACCGGUGAUUCAGCAAGAUUGUUCUGCACCUUUCAGGGAAUCGAUGUACUUCGUGCCUCGGUGACAAACAUGGACCGGAUGCGAUCCGAGAAAGUUCAACUAGCUAUAGAAUCUUUGUCACUGCCAUUUUAACAGCAAAACCUA